UGAAACUUAUUGACCCAAAGCUUGUGGGCACACGGUUUAAAUAACUGAUUUGGAAUCUAGUUCGAAGAUCAACCACUGGUGGGAAUAUUUGAAAAAGCCAAAUAUUCGCAGUCCUUUUCAACACUUGAAUCUUGAGGACAUGAAGGCGGGUGAGAAUCAUGUCGGUCGCCCAGAUCAAGUGAUUCUAAGCUUUGGACAAGAACGACGAGCAAAGGCAAAACUGUAAACACCCACGCUCACAUUGUAGAGACCGCUCCGUUUUCUUAACUCCACGAAGAGCUGAUCUCUCAUCACAGGCUCUUGCGCUGCCUCGCUAACAUGGAAGCUGUCGCAGUUGGAAGUAGUGUAGGUUCUCUCUCUGCUCAGUUUUCAAAGGUGUCGUCCAGCCCGAAGCCAGUGCACGCCAAUUUGUCGACAAAUCUCCGAGGAUCGCCAGUUGUCGACAUCAGCAGAAGAAAUCGUUCUCUGUGCCGCCCCUUGCCAGUGGAGUCUCAGAACGAUGUAAACUUGAGCUUGAAAGCAGGAGCAAGAUGCGCAAUGAAAUUUCUGGAAGAAGAUGUGAAAGAACAGCAAACGACUACCAAGCCAAAGCCCGAUUCCAAGGUCAGGCCACCUCUUCCUCCUCGGGAGGUGCCCAAGCACGGAGGAAUUGAAGGUGCUGUCGGCUUGCUGACAAAGGCAAUCGCGAACGGCAUUUUUAGUAUUCUUCAGUACAAGUUAUUAGAAGAUGAAAACAUCUACACCAAGGGUAAUUUUGCUCCGGUUGAGGAAAUCGGAGACAAAUUGCCAGUGCAGAUUCUUUCAGGAGCCAUACCGCAGAACUUUCCGUCCGGGACAUACAUCAGAACAGGACCGAAUCCGAUGUUCCAUGGGAAGUAUGCGAAGUCAAUAGUGGGAAGUACAAAGUUUCACUGGUUCGAAGGGGACGGAAUGCUUCAUGCUACUUAUAUUGAAAAGCGCGGGGACGAAUACCACUUGUCUUACAAGAAUAAGUUUGUGGAGGCAGCAGGGUACCUGGUUGACAAGGAGGCGGGAAAGCCCCUCGUCUUGCAGACAAUGGAGGGCUCGCCAUGGGGCCUCCUGAUUAAUGGUCUUCUCAACCAGGCGCGCUUCGGGUUCCAGUCAAAGCCAACUUGCAAUACUUCCAUUUAUGUCCAUGGAGGGCGAGUCUUUGCAGCCUCGGAGAACAACUUACCAUACGAAAUCAAUGUCUCCGAUCUUAGUACUGUCGGCGUUUUCGACUUUAAAGGUGCCUGGUCCAUGGAUAAUUUUACCGCACAUCCUAAGAUCGAUCCAAAAACCAAGGAGUUGAUAGGUCAAGGUUUUAGCGUCACGGAGAAACCACACAAUGCCGUCGGUGUCAUUUCAGCCGAUGGUGAGACCCUGAUACACGAAAUCGGUUUAGACUCAGGUCGGACAUGUUUGAACCACGACCUUGCUAUUACAGAGAGAUAUAUCGUUAUACUGGAUUUCCCUAUAUGCAUUGAUCCUCUUCAAAUUUUGGAGGGAAAGAGUGCAAUUAUUUUCAAACACGACACUUACAGCAAGAUUGGUGUUUUGCCUCGCUAUGGGGAUUCCAACUCUGUUCGCUGGUUUACUGUGGAGACAUGUUCUAUGUUUCACAUAAUCAACGCUUUUGACGAUGGCAACGAGGUAGUGAUCCAUGGAUUGAGGUCAAAAAUGUCUUUCUUGAACACUGAUAUGAAUUUGGAUAAAGCGAAGUGGUAUAGUCGAGGACUGACCCGGAGUCCACCUGGCCAAGAGGAACUUGAUCCCUUGUCUGAUGGUGCACUGUUGACAUACCCCUACGAAUGGCGUAUUGACCUUGAAUCUGGGAACGUAACAGAGAGGGUCCUUGUAGACGAAGAAAUAUCGAUGGAGAUGCCUCGCAUAAACGAAUCUUACGUAGGGAGGAAGCAUAGAUAUGGAUACGUCAUAUGCCACGACCUCGAUCAAAGUCGAAAAGAAGGUGUCCCAUAUUUUGGAGAAAUGAGCAAAAUUGACUUCUCGAGCUGUGAGAACGGAAAGGGUCGGCUGAGUAUAGAGUCUCAUCACUUUGGCCCAAAUCGUUACGGAGGCGAGCCUGUAUUUGUGCCCAAACCUGGAAGUACAGAGGAAGACGAUGGCUGGAUCAUAACAUAUGUACAUGACAUGAACACGGGCCAAUCUGAGGCAAUUAUCGUAGAUGCGAAAAAGUUCAGCGAGGAACCAGUCGCUCGAUUACUUCUACCCUGUAGAGUACCGUUCGGUUUUCAUGGGGCCUAUGUAUACGAUCAAUGAAGCUCAGGAGACAGCAGCACCAGCGGAGUGAACACUGUACAUAAAGUUGUAACUUGAGCUAUCAAUAAGCAAAGACAUGAAAGCUGGAGUGAUCAUCUCUUCAGUAAUUGUAUGGCUAGGAUAAGAUACAACUGUCAAAUGAUCUCAGGAUAAUAUGAAAAUGAGCUUGUCCAUUACUUAUCCCUCACGCUCAUGUGUUCAGCUUGGUCAGCUAUCUCUAAAGAGAGAGACGGCUGUACUAUAAGACUUAAACGACCUCGAUCUAGGGAACCGGUGAAGAAUUAUUUUCCUAGACAAGAAAAGGGCGCGGAGUUUCCAAGCUCAUACCGCUAUCAUGGGGUAGCCAUUCGCAUUGUUAUUACUUUACAUGUAUAUGAAAGGCAAUCUGUUAUUUGUUUUACCCAUAGUUCGACUGAU